GCAUUCCUGCAUGAACGUUAUGCAUGCAACUGGGAUAGGAUUGCACUUAGACAUCGAAGAGGCAUUCUCCUAUUUUCAUUCCAUGUUUUCUACUAUCUGGGAUAAACACGCCCCUCUCAAAAAGUACUGGGUAAGAGGUAGAGACUAUCCCUGGUUUACAGGGGAAUUAUCUGAUUUGAUCCAUAAACGAAACACACAAUGGGCCAAAGCCAGAAAGGGUAAUUCAGGGUCAUUCCCCGGCUGAAUGGCAGUUAUUCAACCCAUUCCUAACCCUAACCCAUUCCCCAGUUAUUCAACCCAUUCCUAACCCUAACCCUAGCCCAUUCCCCAGUUAUUCAACCCAUUCCUAACCCUAACCCCAACCCUAACCCAUUCCCCAGUUAUUCAACCCUAACCCUAACCCAUUCCCCAGUUAUUCAACCCAUUCCUAACCCUAACCCAUUCCCCAGUUAUUCAGGGCACUGAGAAAUAAGUGCACCUUGCUAAUACGGAAAUGCAAAUCUAGCUUCUAUUACGAAUCUACCAAGUCAAACCUCAAUAACCCGCCGAAAUUAUGGAAAACCAUUAAAUCCUUUAAUGCUCACACAAAUUCCUCUGGUCUUCUGCUGAAAUUGACCUCAAAUUCAAUGAAUGUGACGGACAAGAAUAAACUGCUUGACAAGUUUAAU